AUGACUUCUUCAGACAAUACGCUUGAAAGUAUUCCUGCUGAUCAGCAAGGAAGCUUCUCUUCUUUCUUAAAGACACUUGCUUCUUUUACUGGUGACCUCUCUGCUUUAACAUGCCCUUCAUUUCUAUUAGCGCCCAUCUCUUUAUUGGAGUAUUCAUCUUUUUGGGCUGACCAACCUGGUUUGUUGAAAGAAGUUAGUAAAUCGGACAAUCCCGAAGAACGCUUUUAUGCUGCUGUCAAAUGGUUCAUUUCUGCUCUGAACGGAUCAUUCUCUAGCCGAGUACCCAAGGGAGAAUGGGAAAAGAAACCAUUUAACCCUAUUCUUGGUGAACAAUUCCACUGUGAAUGGGAGGAUAAGACACGUAUCGUCUGUGAACAAGUGUCUCAUCACCCUCCUGUUUCAGGAUUUUAUGUGGAGAACAAGGAAGCAGGCGUUGUUGUGACUGGACAUGAUGGUCAAAAGACACGCUUCUCUGGUACACAAAUGCUGGUCGAUCAAAUUGGUUACUGUACACUCAAGUUAACUCAACGGGACGAAACGUACUUGUUCACCUUGCCUUCUGUUUCUGUGAACGGUAUUUGGUAUGCAGCUCCAUAUGUUGAACUUUAUGGCACUUCAUUCAUCCAUUCUACCAGUGGUUAUUUUGCUUCUAUUGAAUAUACAACCAAAGGAUGGAUCUCGGGUGAAGUUCAUCAUUUCAAGGCUACGAUCACUCAUGAGACUCUGGCUACACCUACGAUUAUCGAGGGACAAUGGACUGGUAAAUCUACAUUGACCAAAGAUAAAAAGACCCAAGACUUCCUUGACUUGACCACCAUGGAAAGACCACAGCAGAUUGUGAAGCCCGUAGAUGAACAAGGCGAAUUAGAAUCUCGUCGUGUUUGGAGAAAGGUAUCUGAGGCACUUAGAGCCGGUGAUUAUGCAACUGCAUCAGCUGAGAAGUCAGUCAUUGAAAACCAGCAGAGAGCCUUACGAAAGGAACGUCAAGAGGCAAAUCAGACUUGGACUCCUCGUUACUUUAAAUCAGUCAAGGGAGAAGAAAUCUAUGGUGAUUUACGUGAAAAAAUCAUUUCAAAGGCAGAUUCCAAGUUUUUAGACACAAUGGGUGAAGGAGGUUGGAUGUACACAGCUUAA